AUGCAGAUGAGGUUGAAUAUUAUAGUCAGUGGAAGCUAUCAAUACGGCGUGGAGCGGAAUGUGGAUAAAAUGAUUCGAAGCCAUAAAGUGAUGCUUUUCUCGAAAAGUUACUGCAAAUUUAGCACGCAGAUGAAGCAGCUGUUAGAUGAUUAUAAUAUCAACGACAAGAAAAUACUGGAGGUUGAUCGUGAGGCGGAUGUACAGUCCAUACAGGUUCUACUACACCUCAUCUUCCAUUACAAAACAAAACCGGCUAAAGCUAUUCUGGAAAAUUUUUUGGCGUGA